AUGCCGUGGGAGAUUCGGGCCCAGAUUUUCGCCGUGUGUUUCGAGAAGAGAUACUCUCUCGGCCUCUUGUACGCGAACAAACAGCACUAUGCCCAUUUACGCCCUCUCCUCUACGAGCUGCUCAUUGUUUCCUUCAAGAUCGAACCAUCGGAAAUCGGGACCUGGGCGUGGUCACCCGAGCUCCUGCUGCUAGUCAUUGCAGAAUCUUCACAUUUCGAGUGUUAUAAAGAUAUCGACAGGAUACCAGUAGAUCAGUUUCGGAAGAUCGAGAUUCUCAUUGAUGCUCCCAAUCCAGACAAUCCGGGGGAGCUCGUGUCGGCUUGGAAGCAGGUCACGGCGCUGAUAACUGCCUUACUGCCCCGAUGGAAAACUGAAGACGACGCUGACCCCAAGACGGAAGCUGACAUUGAGAUUCCCAAGGGACGUAAGACGGGUAACUUGCCGCCAAUAAUUAUCAAAUUCCAGGAGGAGGGCGAAAAGAAGUGGUCCCGCUUUCACCCAGACAUUGGGCGGCGGAUAUGGAACCAGAGCGUCCCUAGCUACGUGCACUGGGACGAGGACACAGGAGCAGCGCCGAUCAAGUUGGACGGGCUUCAUUCCGAUGUUGAAAUCAUCAUGACAGCCUUUCUUAGGGUUAGGGGCGCGGCCUCAAUCACUUUCGAGUUGCCCGGGGACGUUGAAGACAGCCCACAAGGUGGAAAUUCCCCGGUCGCUGACCUGGUCGAAAAGGUCAAACGACUGAGUAAGAGACGGACACCUUUCGGACUGUAUAUCGAUCCCGGCUGUCCCCUUGACGACAAGGCGAUUCUCCGCUACGAGAACGGAUUCCACCUCUGGUUAGAUCAUCUUCUCGACGACCUGAAGGGCUCCAGGGCCGACGAGCUUCGUUUCGGGAGAUUCCAAUUCUGGUGCUCAGAGUACGACUAUCUGAUGGGACAGAGAUUUCACAACUCCGCUCUCAGUGUCAGUCUUUUGGACUUCAUCCGGAGUCAGUAUUACGACCGGUGUGUAGCCAGAUCCGUCUAUGCGCGAAAGGCAUCCAUCCUUUUGGAUACAUCGGACGACCCUGAUGACUACCCAUGCAAUGAGAUCUGGGAACAAUUUUUUCGGGACUCCCUUAUCGAGCGGAAAUCCGAAAACAGCCUGUGGACCGAUAACGUCCAUAACUUUGUACCUAUCCCAGUGCACCUCCUACUCCCGGAGCGGCGCGAGUGUACAACCUACACUCAAUGGUCGGCCGCGGUGACAGAUUUCUCUGAUCAGCGGUGCAAGAAGUGCGAGGAGAAGCUGGGGCCCGUAAAUAAUGAUUUUUUGGUGGAGCGGUAUAAGAAUGAGCAAACCCGUUUAUGCUGGUAUUUGGACGACACGUGGGAAUGGGACAGUAUGUACCAAAGAUGA